UUGUCAUAUUUAUUAACACAUCUUCCAAAUGGGUGGGCUAUUGAUCAAGCAAUUGUCCACUGAAGAAGAUAGAGUUGUAGUUAUACGUUUUGGCCAUGAUUAUAAUCCGGAAUGUAUGAAACAAGAUGAUAUUUUAGCAUCAAUUGCAGAGAAAGUUAAAAAUAUGGCUGUAAUUUAUGUGGUUGAUAUUACAGAAGUCCCAGAUUUAAAUUCAAUGUAUGAGUUAUAUGACGAUUGCCCAACUAUGUUUUUUUAUAGAAAUAAACAUAUUAUGGUCGAUUUAGGUACUGGUAAUAAUAAUAAAAUUAAUUGGGCACUAACAAAUAAACAAGAUAUGAUUGAUAUCAUUGAGACUGUUUAUAAAGGUGCUAGAAAAGGAAAAGGUCUUGUUAAUUCCCCAAGAGAUUUUUCACCCCAAUAUAAAUUU